CCGGUGCACAGACUCGCCGCCAUGGAGGGGGUCAGACUCGUUGUCCUGCUCUGUGUCUAUGUGCUGAACUUUACAUCAGGUACUGGAACAAACGUUGCUCGGAACAAACCCGCAUGGAUGAGCUCAGUCUUUUACUUGAGUCCUCCAAUCAGUACAGCUGUCGAUGGAGUAACACUUGCAAACGAAUUCAAAUACUCAGUCGUCACCAACACGCUUCAACCAAGCGCCUGGUGGAAGGUGGAUCUACAAACACAAGUACAGUCAGCAAGGGUUAACCUGUACUUCAGUACACACUACAAGUAUAGGCGUAAUGGCGUGCAGCUCUACACAUCUACGACAAAUUCCGCUGACCCCAAAGAAGGAAAUCUAUGUCACAGUGUAACAGGAAGUCCUAACGGUACAGACAUCCCUGAUGUGCUGAAUGUCACCUGUCCCGGGACCUGGCGCUACCUGACUGUCUACACAGAGACUGCUAAUGAUAGACUUGGUCCUGUAUUAGACUUUGUUGAAGUACAGGUGUGGAUACCAUGCCCUUCUGGGUAUUAUGGAUCAAACUGUAACCAAUCCUGUGCUGCACGUCACUGCAAGUCGGACUCCAGCUGUGACGUCAUGGGACUGUGUGUUGGUGGAUGUGCGGCUGGAUAUCAGGGAACAGACUGUACUCAAGCGUGUACCAGUAUGAUGUACGGACCUAACUGUACCACUAACUGCAGUUCCCGACACUGUAAGAGUCCCUCCUCUACAUGUGACAGAGUGACAGGACAGUGUCCUGAUGGAUGUGAAGAUGGAUGGACAGAAAUAGACUGCUCUAGAACGUGUACAAGUAUGAUGUACGGCCCUAACUGUGCCAGCAACUGCAGUUCCCGACACUGCAAGACACCCUUCUCUACAUGUGACAGAGUGACAGGACAGUGUCCUGGUGGGUGUGAAUAUGGAUGGACAGAAAUAGACUGCUUUAGAAAGUGCCCCAGUGGAUCGUAUGGCAUCAACUGUAACAAAACCUGUGGCCAUUGUGCUAACAACAACACUUGUCAUCAUGUUACUGGAAUAUGUCAAGAUGGAUGUCAAGCUGGGUGGAAACUUGACCUGUGCCAGAAAGCUUGUGACAAUGGGAAAUUCGGUGUUAACUGUAAGAGAGACUGCGGCCACUGUAACGGAACCUGCGAUGCUGUUGAUGGAAGAUGUCCCUGGGGAUGUACUGAGGGAUACAAUGGUUCUCAAUGCUCAGCGAAGCUAUCUCAACUUAAGCCAAAUCCGUCCAAGUUUCCGGUGUCAGCUGUUGUGGGAACUAUCGCAGGUUUACUUGUUGCCAUCGUAGUCAUCGUUGUUGUUGUCCUUGUCAGAAGGAGGAGACAGAGGUUUCAUGAUGAUGACAUCCAUAAACAAGUUGCAGAGUUUCACCCUAAAGUACAAGAGAACAGCAUUUAUGAGAACGUAGCUCUAGAGGAGAGCACGACAGUUAAUCAGGAACCACCAAUAAAGCCCAAGCCUGCCACACCGGCCCCGUCAGGUACGCCGCGUGAUGCUAGAGACAAGGAUCAUGAGGAAGAAGACUUCAAUGAAGAUGUUCAAUCUCCUGACAACUGUUACUAUAACACAGGCGCCGAUGCCCCCAUAAGAGACGUCGCAGUGCCAGAACUAGCUGCGACGGUGGCAACACUUAGGGAGAGAAAAGAUGGAUUUGAAAAAGAAUAUCACCGACUACCAGCUGGGUUCACGGCGCCGUAUCAAGACUCCCAGAAACCUGAGAACAGUCGCAAGAACAAGUUCAGAGGCUACUACCCCUACGACCACAACCGAGUCCGCCUGACACCCCUCCCGGACAUUCCCGGGUCUGACUACAUCAACGCAAGUCUCAUGCACAGCUACAACCAGAGAAAGACAUAUAUUGCAUCUCAAGCUCCCAACAAGAAGACAGUGGGAGACUUCUGGAGGAUGAUCUGGGAACAUUCCUGCAGCGCUGUCGUCAUGUUGACUGGUCUCACGGAGGAGUCUAGGGUCAAAUGUGAACGGUACUGGCCGACAGAUGGCGCCAUGAUCAGUGGUCUCUUCAAGAUCGAGGUGGAGGUAACACAAAGCCGCGCGAACUUCACAAAGAGACACAUGAAAGUCACGUCCAACACUACAGGAGAGAGUCGGACAGUUGUCCAGUUCCACUUUACAUCCUGGCCUGACCACGGUGUUCCUGACACCCUCGCUCUUGUCAACUACAUCUGGCUGGUCAGACAGACAGUUGCAGAGACAGAUGGGCCUCUACUUGUCCACUGCAGUGCGGGUAUUGGGCGUACAGGCACAUACAUCGCCGUGGACUCCCUGAUAGACCAGGCCCGAGGGGAGGGGGUGGUGGAUGUCUUUGGGUACGUGUCAGCCAUGAGGGGACAGAGGAAGAACAUGAUACAGACUCCAGCACAGUACGAGUGUGUCUUCCUCUGUCUGGUGGAGAUGACGACAUAUGGCUGCACUAGCAUGGACGUCUCCAACUACACCAACAGCUACAGCUGCAGCGGCAUGGAAACCACCAUGGACGGCAAGACUUUCAGACAGUUGUCAGAGAUGCUAGUGUUAGAGACGCGAGAGGAUGCUCCGACCCGACACAGAAUGUGGGUGGAUGGUAAUGCUGACUUCAUUGUCCGUGUGGGGCCGUCACUGACAUGUCUAAGGGGGUACCUGCAAGCCUCUGCUCCACCGCCGGAAUUGGUAAAGUUGUUGUGGAAACUGGUAGAAGAGAAUGAUGUCCACAACAUCAUCGUCGUCACUCAAGACAUGGGGCUUGUUGAAGCAGAGGGCAGGUCAAAGACGCAUGGGGAGAUUACUCUGACAACAACGAGUCAAACCAGCCUGUCGACAGACGUCACCGUGAACAACUUGCAGCUAGCUACAAAAGCAGGCAGCCCACGGCAAAUCAAGAUGGUCGACGUCAAUGCAAGCUUAACUAUGGAAGUUAUGACAUCACAUUUGUUGAACCACGCCCAACUGCAAGAAAUAUCAACUCAACCCCACCCUGUUGUUGUUGUUCACAGCGACACUGAUCGAAGGCUUGCUGUCUCGCUCUGCAUUAUGGGUAAUAUUCUGUCCGGUAUUCGUGAGGACACUCGUGUCGACGUCAUCGGUCACGUGAGGACAUUCCUCAGAUGUUGCCCUGACUUCCAGUUCACCCAGAGUGAUGUGCAGAUGUUUCAUGACUUCGCCCAGCAGUGCAUUCUGAGGACAGACCCAGCAAAUACCUAUGCCAACAUCUGAACUUAACACCAAACAUUCCUAAUGGACCACAUUACACAAGUACCUGUGCUAAAAUCCUAACCUAGGGCUGAACAAUGCAGUUUAACACUGAUGCCAAUUUGCGAACAUAAACAAGUCUCCAUAUGCGUUCACAGCUUCCGACACACAUACAGUAGGCUAAUGUCAAACAUAAAUCUUUUUAUUAUACAAUGCAUUUCUUUCAAGUUAACACUUGCAUUAUUCAUGCAGUGACAGUGCCUUAAAAGAAUCAAAGGAAUGCAUUGCCUGUGUUGUCACGGAUAUACACAGACUCCACACGAAAUCGAUUCAAUGAUCAAACUUGUUAUUGAAAUUAGACAAGCAGCAUAUUCAAUUUGUAAUGAGUAAUGAGUUGACACAUGAUGAACUUCUUAUUGACACAGAACACUCAUCUCCCUAUGCAGAACCAGUAACAAAUAUGUAUAAUAGCUAAUUGUCUACAUUGUUUCUAAAGAACUAAUGUCAUUGUCAUUUGCAGUUGUGUAUCAUUGUGUCGUAAUCAUGCUGCAUUCUUGCAAUGUUAAUAGGCACCAAAUGUUAGAUUUCUUAUUUGUGUUGUUUCACUGAAAACUACACCACCUCUUGUCACAUGAAGCUAUUACCAAUAAUGACCGCAUCAAGUCUCACGGACAGAAUGGGAGACGAGGAAUCUCAGGGAUGAACUUCAUGUUCUUCUGACUCGGCGUUGAGUGACUACAGGUCACACGGAAAAACUGGAUUUUUUUAUCGUGGUACACAUGUGGAAGACAUUCCCAAAAAUUUACGCAAUUUGCUUGUGUUUGUGACGGGUGCCACUGGUUUGAAAGGCUCACCAGCUGUUGCACCUGGUGUUAAUACUAUUUGAUAGUGAUUCAUAAACACGGGGCGGGCGGGUAGCCUAGUGGUUUAAGCGUUCGCUCGUCAAGCCGAAGACCCGGGUUCGAUUCCCGACAUGGGUACAAUGUGUGAAGCCCAUUUCAGGUGUCUCCCGCAGUGAUAUUGCUGGAAUAUUGCUAAAAGCGGCGUAAAACUAUACUCACUCACUCAAUUCAUGAACACAUUCUUGUGAAGCAGCUUUCUAAAUCUUAGUUUAAGGCGAACUCUUGUCUUAUAUUUUAUACGACUCCAAACCACAGUAUUUAAUGAAGGAAUUUCAAGUACCCAUAUAUAGUUUUCACGGAAUCAAUAAUUUCACAUAGAUGGGUAUACGUACUUCUUCCACAGAAUUUCACAUGGAUUCGAACUCGUUCCACUACAUUGCGCAUCGACUGCUCCCAGUUCCUCAUAAUUGCACAUAGAUUGGUAAAAGCGUCACAUACUUUCUCAGUCAGCGUCUAUGAUUUAGCACUCAUUGUAGCUGCAAACUUCGUCAAUAUGGUCAUAAACAAUAUGCUUUUAAGGGGAACCAACAAGAUCAUCAUCUAAAUUUAAACUGAAUAUCUUGUCGCAGGCCUGUGAUAUGGCUACUACAAAUGUUAUGAAGUAACUGUUCUAUGCUGAAGUGCACAUAUUGAUGCUGACAUCGAUCUACUGUUUUUCUUGCUUAUGGACCAUUGUCACAGGUUUAGGUAACAUCAAAUGCUCUGCAUUUGUAGAUAUACAUAAACAAUGUUUAGAAGGUAUAUACAUCAUAUUUGUGCGCGAUGUGUGUAUUCAUUAAUGUACGCCCAAUAGUAAUUUGAAUAUUGCCACUAUCAAAUCGUUGUAUCUAAUAAAUUCUGUUGUUUGUU